AUGCAAAAACUAUUUCAAAUCUAUAGUAAAUUUUGUCACUAUCGAUCAAUAAUCAUUAUAACUUUUCUUCUCUUUAUUCUUCUCAUUAUUUUACUUAUUAUUACUAUUAUAACAACAAAAACUCUAUUUCUAUCUCACUCUUCUACAAAAAUUAACAUUAUUUCAAGUACAUCAACACCUUCUAUUAAUGAAUCUUGUUACAUGUCAACAACAACAGCAUUACCUAUUUCAUGUGGUUGUCCUAUUAAAUCUAAUAUAAAAAUAAUCAAUGGACAAUCAUCUAAUCAAGGUGCAUGGCCAUGGAUGGUUAGUUAUGGUCCUAAACGUAUUCAUGUAUGUGGAGGUGCACUCAUUACUUCAGAAUAUAUCAUAACAGCAGCACAUUGUCUUCAUUCAAAUGAUAAAAAUAAUCCAAUUGAUAUUACAAAUAUUGAAAUACGUAUUGGUAUAACCAAUUUAAAUGAUGUUACUUAUGAAAAUCUUUUCUCUAUUCGAAAAGUUAUUUUACAUAAUGAUUUUAAUCCUAAUACUUAUAAAAAUGACAUUGCAUUAAUACGAUUAGAUCGAUCAGUUAUUCAAUCAGAUACUAUUCAAAUGUUAUGUCUUCCUCGUUUUACAUCAUAUAUUUAUCCUCGAGUGAAUACAACAGUUAUUGCUAUUGGUUGGGGUCAUACAAUUGAUCCAUUAAUAGAUUCAAAUUCACAAAUAUCAACACAACUUCAACAAACAUUUCUUCCUAUUUUACCAAUAAUUAAAUAUAAUAAUAAUAAUACAAAUUUAUGUUUUAAUCAAGAAAUUGAUUCACCUAAUCAACAAUUUUGUGCUGGUUAUGAAAAUGGUUUAUCUGAUACAUGUCAAGCUGAUAGUGGAUCACCAUUAAUGUUUUUUAAUGAACAACAUUGGGAACUUGUUGGUAUUGUUAGUUAUGGAAUAGGUUGUGCUCAAAAAAUGUUACCUGGAGUUUAUACACGUGUAUCAGCUUAUAUCGAUUGGAUUCAUGAUCGAAUUAGAUAUUAA